UCAUCCUGAAAAAAAAUAGUUUACGGGUAGGGUUUGAAGGGAAGCGAAGGAGCGGACAACAAAAGUGCGAAUAUUAAAUGAGUGGACAGAUUGCUAUGGAAAACCCCUAGUGAUGAGUGUAGAGCACAGUACGUACAGGAUGAAAGAGAGAGAAGGUUGUGAAUUGUGAUUCCGUGCCCCAAAAACCUUUCCUAUUUUCGUCACUAGUAGACUUUUUGGUUCUCCUUCCUCGAUUUGAUCGUCCCUCUCUCUUUCUUUUCUUUUCUUCAAUUAUCUUGUAGUUUCUCUUACCUUGUAAAACAAAUUAUAAUCUAAUCUAAUUUAUCUCACUCUUUUCUUUUUUCUUUGCCUGUAAUGGCAGUGCAGCAGUGGCAGUGCAAGAAAAGAGGGGGAGAGUUUUCAUCGGGAAGGUAAAGCUUUGCAGCCAGUGCCUCAAAGAUAACAAUACCCGCCACAUAGCAUGAGACUUGAAACACCGCCAUCUCUUCUCUGUUUUGUCUUCCUUUCUCUCUGCAUACACCGCGUGCGCUCUGUGCAAUCCUACUGAAACACAGCAACCCUUCUCUUCUCUCUCUUCCUUAUAAAGAAGAGCAAGAAAUAGAAGCUCGAGAGACGGAGAGAGAGUGUCUCCUCUACUGGAAAGUGAGAGUUAAUGCUGCUAAUGACUAGAAAGAUAAACACCCGUUUUCCGAAGGAAAUCUGAGCAGGCUUUGCCAGACCUGCCAAGAGAGUAAAAACCCACAUUUCUAAUCUGACUGGCUGCUGCUGCCGCUCCUUCCACUACUAUCAAUAUUUAGGAUUUCCUGUAAAAAGCCUGGUUCUUGUAGCUUAAAUCUCGGGAGAGUUCUGGAGAUGCAAACAAUCUUUAGGGCAAAACAGAUUGCGUAGGAGAGAGAGAACCGAGAAAGCAAGAAAAAGAAGGAAAUAUAGAAAAAAGAGAGUGAGAAUGGUUUAUGUUGUUAUAUAGCAAAGCCCCAAGUGAACAACAGCUAAGAAAAAAAAGAUAAGAUAGUGAGAGAUAAUGGAAGGUGGUUCCAAUAGCACUUCUUGCAUGAUGGCGUUUGGACACAAUAGUAAUGGACUAUGUCCUAUGACAAUGGUGCCUCUCACGACUUCUCACCCUCAUCAUCAUCCUAAUUCGGACUCAAACUCCUUAUUUCUUCCUUUACCUCCCACCAACAAUCAAGACCAAAACCACAAUAGCAGCAGUGGCUCCUCUAUGAUUCUUGACGAUCACAACAACACCAAUACCAACAACAAUACCGGAUGUUAUUUCAUGGAGAGCAACGAUGGCAGCUCUUCCUCUGUCAAGGCCAAGAUCAUGGCUCAUCCUCACUACCACCGUCUCUUGGCCGCCUAUGUUAAUUGUCAAAAGGUAGGAGCACCGCCUGAAGUGGUGGCGAGAUUAGAAGAAGCAUGCGCCCCUGCAGCCACUAUGGGUCCGACUAGUACCAGCUGCCUAGGUGAAGAUCCAGCGCUUGACCAGUUCAUGGAGGCUUAUUGUGAGAUGCUGACUAAAUACGAGCAAGAGCUCUCUAAACCCUUCAAGGAAGCCAUGCUUUUCCUCCAAAGGGUCGAGUGUCAGUUCAAAACCCUCACAGUUUCAUCGCCUAAUUCUGCUGUUGACAUGAAAGGAUCAUCUGAGGAAGAGGUUGAUGUGAACAACAAUUUCAUUGAUCCCCUUGCAGAAGAUCGAGAACUUAAAGGUCAGCUUUUAAGGAAGUACAGUGGAUAUUUAGGCAGUCUGAAGCAGGAGUUUAUGAAGAAGAGGAAGAAAGGGAAGCUGCCUAAGGAAGCCAGGCAACAGUUGCUGGAUUGGUGGAAUAGACAUUACAAAUGGCCUUACCCAUCGGAGUCGCAAAAGCUUGCCCUUGCUGAGUCAACUGGUCUGGAUCAGAAGCAAAUAAACAACUGGUUCAUUAAUCAAAGGAAAAGGCACUGGAAGCCAUCUGAAGAUAUGCAGUUUGUGGUAAUGGAUGCAACUCACCCACACUAUUACAUGGACAACAUUUUGGGCAAUCCCUUUCCCAUGGAUCUCUCUCCCACACUUCUCUAAAGAUGAUGAAUAUGUGGAUGCAUUACUUCUGGGAAGUUUGAAGGCAACUGCAUUUAUAUUCCAACUGUCAUAAUCAAUUUGGGAGUAUAUUUUAUGCCGUAUUAUCAUGUGCAUGCCUCCUGUAUGCACUUUGAGGCUAUUUAUUCUAUAUAUAUAAUCAAGUUAUGACUGUUUAAAAGCAUAUAUAUUGUGUUCUUUUCCUCCGAGUGGGGUGAAGGAAUGGUAAGCAGACUGUUACAUUAAGCAUAUGCUUAAUGAUCAGGGGAACAAUUGAGAGAUUACUGGUUAAUUUAUAUGAUUUUCCCUUGUUUAAUCUGUCCUAGGUCAACAGUGAUGCCAUUGCCAUGUUUGUCACCCUUUUCAUUAAAAAAAUUGUGUUUCUAGUUUUCACUGUGUAUCUUGACAAAAGAACAAGGCUGCAUAUUAAUUAUUGGCACCAAAGAAUGAAAGGAGUAAUAUAUAGAUUAUUUGUUAAUUAAUGACAUGCAAUAUAAUCUACCUCA